AUGGCAACACGAACUGGUCGCUUGUUUCAAGACCAAAACCUCAGUGCCCACAUUAAUGGAGCAGGAACUGUUUCUGGGAAGGCAGAUUUUACAGGACAGAGGAAAACUAGGGCUGGGGGAAGAAAACCACUUGGUGAUCUAUCCAACGCAGGGAAGCCCAUAAACCAAGUAGAUGGAAAGAAAGGCCUUGAUAGUUCAGUAAACACAGGCAAGCUCUCUGUUAGUCAGGUAUCAAAACCGCUUGGGUCUAAGAAAGGCAUCAAAGCUUCUGAGAAAUCACUUAGUGGUAGCAGGAAAGCGCUUUCUGACAUUUCAAACUUGGGGAAGCCACAUGUUCCAGAGAUAAAAAAUAAAAACAACCUGAAGCCAAGUUCCUUGACAGAGGAAUCUCUUCAUCUCAGUGCAAUUGCUGAAGAACGAAUGUUGCACAACCACAAAGAAUGUAUCAAAUCACAGUUUGAAACUGUGGAUGUGCUUAAAUUUUUCAAGACUAUUGAACUUGGGGAUGAUUCAGAUGAUCCCAUGACAAUUUGCUUUGAACCACCUAAACUGAAGGUUGGUUUGCAAUUCCUUAUGUUUUGUCUGUGUGAUAGUCCAUGCUGGGAAUUGGAGGAGGUGCCGGAACACUUGGCCGAGGUGCAGUCUCUGUCUAUUCAGCAUGAGUCCCCAGCACAUUCCAAGACUCCAAAAUUAGCUAUGUGGAAUGACUUUGCUGCUGAUUUCAAGUUGAUAGAGACACCAAAAUUGCCUAAAAAUUGA